UCUCACCAUCCAUCCAUCCUCCAGUGAGACAGAGAGGGAGAGAGAGAGAGAAAGAAGGUAGUGGUAGCGCUUAGCGUUAGCUAGAAGGUUGCAGUGUGUGUGAGUGUGUGUGUGAGUGUGUGUGUGUGUGUUAGUCUGUGUUUAACAGGUAGCAAUACAGAGCCAGGCAGCUGUCUGUGUAUCUGUGUGUGUGUGUAUCUGUGUGUGUGUGUUUGGGAUCUCCCUCUCUAAAUCUCUGUUCAUCCCUCCAUCCGGAGCAAUAAACGAGAAAAGGGACAGAGCUGGAGUCUUCGCUCUCUUCUUCUUCACCCAGCCUGGAGAUCUAUCAUGAACGUGGACAGUGCUUGAACUUUUCUCAUAAAGAAGCUGUGAAGGAACCACAGAGCUUCUGAGUUCAUAACGGCUGUCACUCAUUCCGGAGAUUGCUCAUCGUUGUGUGUGCAUGUGUGUGUGUGUGGUGUAUGUGUGAGGAUAUGAGAGCUGGAGUGUUUCGUCAGGUUUCACCACCAUGCUGCGUCUGAGAUGCAGGGAUGAGAGCGCGGCAGGACGUACACAAGGUCUCUCAUUCCUCCUCCAUCAUGCUUGUUUAUGGUCGCUGCUGUUUGUCUCCACCCACUCUGGGACAGUGGGCGUGUCACAUAUCACGAACCCCACCUUUACCCAGAUUGCCCCGCCCUUUUUUAUUUUCAGUUCAUACUUUCCUACUACUUCUCGUCCUUCUGCUGGUUUCGUCUCCUGGCUGUCAAUCACGGCGGGACCGAGGGUCAGGCGGAGUGACCAAUUACAUCCCAGGGGCGUGGCCUGACCCGGGUCUCCAGCAGCGGCCGUGGUCCAAGCAGUGGGUGGGGUCGAAGCUGCUGCAGGGCCUCACCAUCGCUGUGGUCCUGGUGGGAAACUCGAGCGAAGUGACUCUGUAUGGAACAAGGGAUAACAAAGAGGAGUGGAGGGAUCAAGGGAACGACGGGUUCAUGAACGAAGGGGUAGGGAACGUGGAAGUGGUGCGGAUGAACGAGACGGACCCGAGCAGCAUCAUCAAGAGCGUGUGUGAUCUCAUGACUCAGCACUGGCUUCAGGGAGUCGUAUUCGGUGAUGACACAGACCAGGAGGCCAUCGCUCAAAUCCUGGACUUCAUCUCCGCUCAAACACGCACACCCAUCCUCGGAGUGAAGGGAGGAUCCUCCAUGAUCAUGGCAGCUAAGGAUGAUAACUCCCUGUUCUUCCAGUUCGGUCCCUCCAUUGAGCAGCAGGCCUCAGUGAUGUUGAACAUUAUGGAGGAAUAUGAUUGGUACAUUUUCUCCAUCGUCACCACCUACUACCCUGGAUACCAGGACUUUGUCACCAAGAUCCGCAGCACUAUAGAGAACAGUUUUGUGGGUUGGGAACUGGAGGAGGUUUUACUGCUGGACAUGUCAGUGGACGAUGGAGACUCUAAAAUCCAGAACCAGCUGAAGAAGCUCCAGAGUCCCGUCAUCUUGCUCUACUCCACCAAAGAGGAGGCCAACGUCAUCUUCGAGGUGGCGCAUUCAGUCGGGCUCACAGGAUAUGGAUACACCUGGAUCGUACCAUCUCUUGUGGCAGGGGACGCUGACCACAUUCCUCCAGAGUUCCCUACAGGCAUGAUCAGUGUGUCGUAUGAUGAGUGGGAUUAUGGGUUGGAGGCACGAGUGCGUGAUGCUGUGGCUGUUAUUGCCACGGCAACGUCAGCCAUGAUGAUGGAUCGUGGACCUCACACGCUUCUGAAGUCUGAGUGUCAUGGAGCUCCAGAAAAGAAAGGCACAGGAAACACUAAUGAAGUGCUCAGGUAUUUGAUGAACGUGACAUUUGAAGGUCGUAACCUGUCGUUCAGUGAGGAUGGAUAUCAGAUGCAUCCCAAACUCGUCAUCAUCCUACUGGACAAGAACAGACAGUGGGACAGAGUGGGGAAGUGGGAGAAUGGCUCCCUGUCGAUGAAGUAUCAUGUUUGGCCACGGUUCGAGCUGUACUCGGGGGAGGAGAGUCGCCAUGACGACCACCUGUCAAUCGUGACUCUGGAGGAGGCGCCCUUCGUCAUUGUGGAGGACGUCGACCCUCUGAGUGGAACCUGCAUGAGGAACACUGUACCCUGCAGGAAACAGCUGAAAAUACGUAAUCAGACAGGUGAAUCUGGCAUGUAUAUAAAACGCUGCUGCAAAGGGUUCUGCAUCGACAUCCUGAAGAAGAUCGCCAAAUCUGUGAAGUUCACCUAUGACCUUUACCUCGUCACUAACGGCAAGCAUGGCAAAAAGAUCAAUGGCACCUGGAAUGGCAUGGUCGGGGAGGUGGUGGUGAAAAACGCUCACAUGGCUGUUGGUUCUCUCACUAUAAAUGAAGAAAGGUCGGAGGUCAUCGACUUCUCUGUGCCUUUCAUUGAGACAGGAAUCAGCGUCAUGGUCUCUCGUAGUAAUGGCACUGUGUCACCAUCAGCAUUUCUGGAGCCCUUCAGUGCAGACGUGUGGGUGAUGAUGUUCGUCAUGCUGCUGCUGGUUUCUGCCAUAGCUGUGUUUGUGUUUGAAUAUUUCAGUCCUGUGGGAUACAACCGCUGCCUCGCCGAUGGAAGAAAUCCUGGAGGUCCCUCAUUCACUAUUGGAAAGGCGAUCUGGCUGCUGUGGGGUUUGGUGUUUAACAACUCGGUUCCUGUGCAGAACCCCAGAGGAACAACCAGUAAGAUCAUGGUGUCUGUGUGGGCUUUCUUUGCUGUGAUCUUCCUGGCCAGCUACACUGCUAAUCUUGCAGCUUUCAUGAUCCAGGAGGAGUACGUUGACCAGGUCUCAGGCCUCAGUGACAAAAAGUUCCAGAGACCUAAUGACUUCUCUCCUCCAUUUCGCUUUGGGACUGUGCCAAACGGCAGUACAGAGCGGAACAUCCGUAAUAACUAUAAGGAAAUGCACUCAUACAUGGUGAAAUUCCACCAGCGCAACGUGGAUGAAGCUCUGCAGAGCCUGAAAGCUGGGAAGCUGGACGCAUUUAUCUAUGACGCUGCCGUGCUGAACUACAUGGCAGGUCGUGAUGAAGGCUGCAAGCUGGUGACCAUUGGUUCCGGGAAAGUGUUCGCUUCCACCGGAUACGGCAUCGCCAUCCAGAAAGACUCGGGCUGGAAGAGACAUGUGGACCUGGCCAUCCUACAGCUGUUCGGAGACGGAGAGAUGGAGGAGCUGGAGGCGCUCUGGCUCACAGGGAUCUGUCACCAUGAGAAGAACGAGGUGAUGAGCAGUCAGCUGGAUGUGGAUAACAUGGCAGGUGUGUUCUACAUGCUGGGGGCAGCCAUGGCCCUGUCGCUCAUCACCUUCCUGGCCGAGCACAUCUUCUACAGACACCUGCGCUUCUGCUGCAUGGGAGUGUGUUCAGGAAAACCCGGCCUCACCUUCACCAUCAGCAGGGAAGUCUACAGCUGCAUCCAUGGUGUUGAGAUUGAAAACAAGGGUUCAGGGCUGAAUUCCCCAUCAGCCACCAUAAACAACACACACUCCAACAUCAUGCGUCUGCUGCGCACUGCUAAAAACAUGGCAUCCAUGUCUGGGGUGAAUGGCUCCCCCCACAGCGCGCUCGACUACCUACGCCGCGACUCAUCCGUCUAUGACAUCAGCGAUCAGCGACGUCAUUCGGAGUGCCGGGUGCCGUACCUGUCCGAGAACAACGACAAUAACGCAUUUAGUGACUACAUUGAUCAGGUCGAGCGCACCUUCGGAAACCUGCACCGCAAUGAGAGUGACCUAUACCUGCACAGACGCUCGGGCUCUGUCCCUGGCCCUGCCCCCAGCCUGGGAUCCGGCAGCUCAUUGGAUGGUGCCAUUUUUGACUGCUCCGCCCUCACACACAGGAACAUGAGCAACUUUGACCUCCUGCAGGGACACGCGCCACUUGGACUGCCGGAGCCGUACAGGAAGUUUUCCUUUAAAGGUGGGACUUCAGGUUAUAUUCCUGCGUAUGAUCGCUAUGGUGAUGGAGACAACAUGUCCGACAUUUCCACUCACACCAUAACCUACGGUAACCUGGAGAGUGACAGUAGAAAGAGAAAGCAGCACGGUGACAGUCUGAAGAAGCGGCCUGCUUCGGCUAAAUCACGGCGAGAACUGGAUCACGCCCACCUUGGUUACCGACGGAGACCGCACCAUGGGCAUCACCGUCACCAUGGACACCGCUCUGUGUCUCCGCCUCUGUCAGAACCCAAAAUGAGAGGAGGAGGUGGAUCUUUGUCCUUCCUGUACCAGGACAAAGAAAGUCUUCGAGACUUUUACCUGGACCAGUUCCGUCCCAAAGAGGGCGUGCCCCAGUGGGAGCAUGUGGAUUUGACUGAUGGGCCAAGUGGGGGUGGGGCUGGAGGCGGGGCCAAUUGCACUAGCCUGGUGCCUGUAGAUGACUUCCUAAAAAGCAAACCAUCAAAGGUGGAGUCAAAAGUGGGAGGAGCGGACUGGGAGUGUCGAAAUUGCCGUGCUAGCAGUGCAGGAAGUAAACGAAUGACACAGCACACAGGGGGCGGGACUUAUGGAGCUGGUGGAAGCAGUAGCUGUGUGGCAUCAGGAGUUGGGGGUGGGGCCAGCCGUCCCACUUCAGCCACGUGCAUGCGCUGCGAUGCUUGUAAGCGCUCAGGCAACUUGUACAACAUCAGCGAGGAUAGCAAUCACGUAAUGGAGCAGAUAAGUGGGCGGGGUCAAACACCGUCACAGCGGCGAAGAGCGUUUAGCGCUAGACCUUUACGCAGGCAGCAUUCUUAUGAUGCCUUCAUGGACCUGCACAGGGAUGACGAAGGGCUAAGCUUACGAGCAGGGGGAGGAGCUAUGGAUGAUGUAAGUGGGGCUUUUCUGCCCCCUCGCAGUGUGAGUUUGAAGGAGAAGGAUCGCUGUAUGGAGGGCUCCUUCUCCCAUUUAUUUGACACCCAGCAGUUUUAUAGCCCCGCCCACCACUCCCUGAGUGCAUUCCGAGGGGAAAGAGACCCUUACUUCCUGUCAAAAUCACUCUAUCCUGAUCACACCAAUCACAACCCAUUCGUGCCAACAUUCGGAGACGAUCAGUGCCUGCUGCACGGCGCUAAAACGUACUAUACGAAAAAGCAGCAGCGUUCUGAUCCGAGAAACCCAGGAAAUCCUUCUGGGAUUGCAUCAUUCCUUCCCUCAUCUCGAUUCACCAAUCAGCACUCGGCUCUCGGGCCGCCGCGACCUUUUAACGGCACCAAUGGCCAUGUGUACGAAAAACUCUCCAGCAUCGAGUCGGAUGUGUAGACGCACAACAGGAAGUGAUGGAUAGAACAAUAAACCAGAAGAGGAGGAUGGAUGGCUUUGACCAAAAGGGCUGAACGGGGGUGGAGCUAAAGGUGGGGUUUAACUGCACCAGCCUGGUGCCUGUAAACAACGCUGUGUUCCUGCACCAAAGGAAGUGAAGAUCUAGGAGGAGUGAUUAGACUAGUGACCAUCUGGAAAUGUGUGAACGACAGAGCGAGCGAGAGAGAGAGAGAGAGAGAAAGAGAGAAGGAGGGAUGACAGAUAAAAUGAUUGUUCACUUUCUCUAUUUCCUGUCCUCUCUCUCUCUCUCUUUCCUUUAGGUUGAUGGCAUAUGAGUCAUACAAAACGCUAACAGGGUAAUAAACAAUAACAACCACAAUAACGUUACCAAUAACAUUGUGAUUAGCCAGGCUGGUACGGAUGAUGCUAAUGCUAAUGCUAAUGAUGUGUAGAAGUCUUAUUUAUUUAUUUAUUUGUUUGUUUGUUUGUUUAUCUGUUUUAUUUAUUUAUUUAUUUAUUCUGAUUACAUUUUCACAUUUCAGAUAUUUUGCCAUUCUUACAUAUAUAGCUGAGGGACAAAGAGCCCCUAUGAUCAAACACUGACACACACACACACACACACACACACACACACACACACGAUGAGGGAGGAAAAUUAAAAAGAAAUAACGAGGUGGUUGGGAAGUGAAGACGCUUGUCUCUCUUGUAAAUACAACACACACACACACACACAUUACAUAUAACUUGAUAUUAGGCAUUAGCCGAUAAUCGAGUACGAAGCGCAUUGUGACGUUUCAUUUUGUUACUAUUUUAAAAAUUUGUAUAUUUUGAAUGCUGUUCUGUUCCAUUGUGUAGUAGGCUGCCUAGGUAGGGUGCAUUCUCAGGCAGGGAGAUCAAGCUCCUUAGCAAGGAACAAGGCAAAAAGGACUCCAAAGUGUUCUUUGAGAAUCUCGCAAUCCCAUAAUUCUGUUCGCUGAAAUGAUGCUGAAGGUUCGAGAAAACAGUGGAGAAAAAUUCUGUCACUUCGAUGACAGUAAGUGAUUUUUUAAACGGAGUAAUCGUAAUAAUAUCGUAAAUCAUGAUAAAAGCUAGGCGCUUAUCAUGAUACGGUAAUUUUAAUAUUGGCACAUGCCUCCCUGAUAUACAGGACACACCUUUGGUACACUUUUUACAAAACUGAACAAUGUAUAAAAAAAAUUAAAAAUAAUUUUAAAAAAAUCUACAAAAAAACAAACAUAUGCAAACUAGUAGUUAAGACGGAACUAUUACUCAUGAUAAGUGAUAAUAAUAAACCAUAGUAGAUUCUUCGCUUUUAGAUUCACGCUUAUUACCUGAGUAGAGUUAAGAGACAUACUGAUUUAGGACACUGCAGCUUUAAGAGCCGACUUUUCUUAACUGUGUUACGUUUAGGGCACUUUAAUAAGUUUCCCUUAAAUUGUGUUUGACAUGUGUUUGAAUAGGACACACUCUACACACACUUCUCACAAUUUACUCACACUUUAUACACACACACACACACACUGCUGCUGCUUUUCUUCAAUUCAAUUUAGCACCAGUUAGUCCACUUACAUUUAGGCCGUGUCCCAAAUGCUAGAUUUAGUUGGAAUAACAUCAUAACGCAGAUACUGAGAGUAGAAAGCAGAAAGCGUCAUAACUUAUUGCUGUUGCUAGCAGCUUGCUGAACAGGCCUGCUUAACACCUAUAAAAUCUCCAGAAAGUCUCACUAGGACAUCCAGAGAGAACAGGACAAGUAAGUGGAGUAAGAAAAAAGUCCAAAAAUGAGGAGACCAACACAGCAGAACUUCAGAGAUGAUAAGACAGUGAUCCAUCUGUGGGAUUUUAGAACAGCUAAAAGACAAAAGCACAAAAACUAGCAUUGACCUGCAUAAAUAUUCACCCUUUGACCUGGGAAUUAGCCACAGAAGCACAGCCAGGGUCGGAGGCUCCACAUGAUGCUCCCACCACCAUGCUUCACAAGCCAUUCUCAGGGGAUGAGCAGAGAACUUAUCCUGCAUGGAGUCCUUAGCUUUUUGUGUAGCUUCAUGACGUAUAGUAAACAUUUCCAGGCUUUUGUUAAAAUGUGGAGAAGUUCAAGCGGGUGAAUACUUAUGCAUACCUCAGUAUUACUGAAAGAAAGGCAAUUAAAGACUAGAUAUACUAAAAUAUUUGUUGAAGAUCAUGUGGUUAGAGAUGGUGUACACCAGGCACAGCCAUAACACCAAGCUGUUGCUAAUAAAUUGUUAGUGAAAUGGCUAGUUAGUGGUUAGCAUGUAAGAUUAACACUCUGCAAAAAUCAACACACUGGUAAUCAAGGACAGAGACAAUAAACAUGUUGACCUCCAGCUCCUUAAGUUCCACCGAGCCUAAACCUUACAUUUUAUUUCACACUAAUGUGCAUGGUAGGUUUGUAAACCGACACUUAAACACAGUGCAUUAUGGGUAAUACACACACACACACACACACACACACUAAAAUAAUCAAGACACAGAGUGUGCGUUUGGGAUGGAGCAUUAAAAAGGCCAACAUUCUACAAGGAACACUAACUACACAUGAAUUCUAGAUCUGAGACAAAAUGGUGGAUGAUUAUAGGAGUAAAAGCACACUAACUAGCGAUUCAGUCUAGCAAUUGGGACAAAGCCUUAGGAACUUUGGCUUUACUUGAACUUGAGUUUAUUUCUCAUGCUAAUGUACUGUAUAAACCAAGGCCUAGCACACCAGGAAUGUUUUACACACACACACACACACACACAUACACACACACACAGAUGUGUGGUUCAGUGAUGUUGCUAAUCUCACUGUGUUUUUGCCUCCAUGUUUAGCGAUUCACUGUUCACUCUGGAUAAACUAAUUAAAGCUUAUCUGUGCUUUUUAUUAGUGCUUUAUUAUUUUUAUUAUAAAAUAUUACACUUUAUUGUUCAUACAUUUCUUUUGAGUCUUUAAUCUUUAAUACUGAUAUGUAUCGAUAUUAAUCAACACUUAUCAAUUAAACUCUUUAAAUGUGGGUGCUAAAUUAGCACGGUUGACCAUUGUACAUAUGAACUGUAUUCUGGUUUGCAAUAAUUGUGUGUGUGUGUGUGUGUGUGUAUUUUUCUUUAGUUAUCCAAACUAACUUUGUCAAAUAAAAAUCCUUACACUCAUCUCAACAGAAGCGACUCAUUGAACUGAUUCAUAAAAACAUUUAUCACUUUAAAAGAAUCAAUGUUCAGGUAAUGUUCAGAGAAUCAUUUUGAUGAAUCAGUUUAGUGAACAACUUUAAUAAAGACACAGAUUGCUUCUUGACUUGACUUUAAAUAAAUCAGCCUUAUGUAUAUUACUUAACUGAAAUCAGUUAGCAUUAAAUGACUAAAUGUUAACUGAUUGUUUAAAUGAAUGAAAAAAAGUAAUCAAUUUAAUCAACAGGUUUAACGAAUUAUUUUAGUUAUUUCUGUGCUUGAUUUUGUCGUGUCAUGUUUCUAGUUUAUAAAAUGGCUUUUAGGCAGAGCAGAGUAAGUUUGUAUUUUCUUCUGAUAAUUCAUAUCAUUUUUAGCUUCUUUUUAAUUCAUGUAUAUCGUAGAUAUGAACGUAGAGUUACAGUAGUCAAGAUAUGUUGACAAAUAUGAGCUAAGAUUCCCUGAUCCUGUCUUUACAUUACAGUUGAACACUGUUUUUAUUCCCGCUUAAGGAAAAUUUGUGUAAAUAUUUAAGUUCAACUGUUUAAAUUUCUUUUCUAUGAUCUUUUUGUAGUCACUUCAUUGUUCAUGUUUCAUGCCAGUGUUACUGCGCUAUAGUUACAGGAACAUUACAGCGUAUGUGUGUGUGUGUGUGUGUGUGUGUGUGGUUACGCAUCACUGUAAUAAUCUUUUACACAUUGGCCUUUACUUUCGAAUAUUACCAAAACUUUUGAACAUUGUACAGAAUCUGUAUAUAAUAACAAAAACAAUAAUAAUUAUGAUGCUAAUGAUAAUGAUAAUAAUGAUAAUUAAUAUGCCGAUUCCUUCUUUGUUCUUUUAUAUGGAAAUCAUGGACGUAAAUAUGGAUGAUGUAAUAAAGUUGAUGCAUCGGAAGGUAAAAAUCUUUACUCUGAUUGGUCAGGAUCAAAACAUCUGGAACAAAGUGUGAAUAUUAAUACAUUAUUAAUAAAAACACUAAGUCUUAA